AUGAGCAACAUCACCAGCUGCAGCGUCAUCAUAGAAGAUGCUGAUGCUUGCAAUGCCGACCCAGCCUGCAAGUUCAGACCUAUUUUCCGCACGGGCAAGUGCAUGGUGGCGCCCGUGCACGAAUUCAACUGGAUGACGCAGGUCAUCUACACAACUAGCACUACAUCCGUCGUGACUGCGACUAUGACAAACACAUCCACAACGUCUGCAAGCUCAACCACCACGAUUACCGGCUCUUACACAGCCACCUCAUCCUCGACAAUCAGUGUCACCGACACGUCCACGACCUCCGCAACCACGACAGUCACGACUUCUGCCACGCGUACCUCCACAUCGAGCUUUACCGUGACGACCACAACGACCGUAAGCAUGACGACCCAGACAGCCACAACUUCUACCAGUCUCACUUCCACCGUAAGCUCGACGGUAACAAGCACCACUAGCAGAAGCCAGACGACCACAACGAGCAGUUCAACCUCUUCCUUGACUACCACGAUAACGACCACCACCACAGUAACUACUACCUCGACUUCCUCAGCCACAGCUACGACUACGACAAGUGCUACCACAACUACUUCUGUCUCACACACAUCAACUACUUCCACAUCUACCACUUUCACCUCGAGCUCCACUACGACAUUGACAGAAACAACCACAUCGAUCACGAUGACAUCGACAUCAACUUCAACGUUGACGACCAGCAUCUCGUCAACCACAAGCCAAACAGCAUCCAGCACGAGCACGACGUCCUUUACAAGCACGACUUCCACAACUUCUCACACGUCGACCUCAACAGUCACCGCAACAACCACAUCUGCCACAAGCACGUCUUCGAGCACAACCCAGACAUCCACCACGACCCACACCUCGAGCUCAACGAGCACGUCCAAAACCAUGACAUUCACAUCUUCCGUCACGACGACAUCGUCCACUGCGACCACUGCUACUUCAACCAGUACAUCUGCUACCAGCACUUCGUCUUCCACAUCCUCCACCACCACCACAACUGAGACCCACACCAGCACAUCACGCACGAUUCUUGCCUUCAAGUGUUGGGCUUUGGGUACUAUCCUUAGAAGUGUGACCUUUGAGCUUAUUGGCAUGUCAGCUGCACACGCAUACCAUAAACAACGGGGUCCAUAUUCUCCUCCUGCUACUGUAUAUGGAGAAGAACUGUUCUGUUGUUUUCGACCAUGA